AAACUGUAUCAGUAUAUUCGAUAUAGCUGAUUUACAUAGCUGCACGGAAUUGCUAAGAAGUUCAGAAUUAUAUAUUCAACAACACUUUUCAGAAGUUGCUGGUGGCGACGAAUUUUUAUCGUUAUCAUCGGAUCAAGUAAUUAUGUUGAUCUCCAGUGAUAAACUUAUAGUUCCAUCCGAAGAAAAAGUAUUUGAAUGUGUUAUUCGUUGGGUAAAACAUGAACUGGGUUCAAGAGAAUGUGUUUUACCCCAGUUAAUGGAACACGUACGUUUACCACUAACAUCAAAUAAUUACAUAUUAAAUAAAGUAAUUGAGGAGCCUCUUAUUAAGGACUGUAUUGAAUGUAAAGAAUACAUAAGUGAAGCAUUAAAUUUUCAUAGGCUCAAGCCAGAAGAGCUUAUUCCACAAAACAUCCGGUUCAAACCCAGACAAGCAGAUAAAGUUAUAUUGGCUGUUGAUGGGAUGGAUACUAAAUUUAGCAACAGUACAGAAUUUUUCGAACCAAAAAUGAGCCGAUGGCAUAACGGACCGGAAAUGAUUACAAGCCGUAAAAAUCCCGGUCUAGCUGUAGUGAAUGAUAAUUUAGUGUUUGCCGUGGGUGGUUCUACUGAUCAUUUUGAACCUCUUCGGUCUGUUGAUGUGCUUGAUUUAUCUUCAGAAUCACCUUGUUGGAAACCUAGUGUUGACAUGAUAGUUAAACGAAAUAUUUUAGGAGUCGGUGUCAUAAAUAAUCAUGUCUAUGCCGUCGGCGGACACAAUUACAGUGAUUCUGCAUUAGAUAGUGCAGAAGUUUUUGACUACAAUACUCAAGAAUGGCAUAUGAUAUCUAGUAUGUGUACUAGAAGAUCCGACCCUGGGAUCGGAGUCCUAGAUAAUCUUCUAUACGCGGUAAACUAAUAUAAUAUUUUUAAAUUUAAAUUGUGAUAAUAUCAUAUGUAUUUGUUACAAUAAUAAUUGUGG